CCCCCCGAGGCUGCUCAUCCUAACCCCACCCCCUCCAGGGUCCGGACCCAGCCCACCCCAGCUCAGGCUGUCAGCCGGCGCAGGCUAAUACUAGCUGAUGCCUGCGUUCAGGGAAGGCGGACCUUGGGUCGGACCUGUCGCCUCCAAAGCCCGGGCCUGGGUGUUCCCCCCCGCCCACGCCUCCCGCCCGCCUGCCGGUCGCUACCACCCUUAGCUUCUCAGACUGAGCUCCUCGUCCCGGAGAGGAUUAAGUCUGCCCCUCUGCGCCACUGCUAGGACUCCUUCCCACCCUGCUUUACCAAAGACCCACGGGGCUCAGUGAUCUCCCACUCUCUGGUUCCAAAAUAGGAGAGAAACAGGAGAAGGCGGUUCAAAAGCCCAGGAAGGCAGGGGUCUCCUGCUAAAGAUUUGGCUGUGCUGGUGGUCAUCACAUUGGUGGGAGCUACAGCCUUGGACACCCCUCACGUCAGAAGUCAGUGGGCAGGUUGACUAAGCACUGGCAGGCUCCCAGCAUCAGCAUGAACUCCAGGGUCCCAGCUACUCAGAACUGGUUCAGCAGCCACCCACCCACCACAGAGCCUGACUUGGAACCUGCCACUGAAGGGUCUACCACAGAGACUAACACCCUCAGCCCAGAAACCACAAGCUUCAAUGGCACCAGAAUCCCUGAUAUGGCAGGUGGUGCAGCUGGUGUGGGUACCAUGCUUCUGUCUUUUGGGAUCAUCACAGUGAUUGGCCUGGCUGUGGCCAUGGUUUUAUACAUCAGGAAGAAGAAGAGGCUGGAGAAGCUACGCCACCAGCUCAUGCCUAUGUACAACUUUGACCCCACGGAGGAGCAAGACGAACUGGAGCAGGAGCUCCUGGAACAUGGGCGAGAUGCAGCCUCCAUUCAGGCCGCUGCCUCCCUGCAGGCCACACAGGGCAAGGGCACUCUCUCUUCCCAAGGCCCACUGCAGAGGCCUAGCAGGCUGGUGUUUACUGAUGUAGCCAAUGCCAUCCACGCGUGAGUGGCCUGAGAACAGGCCUGGACCUCUGACAAAGACACCUGCCACAGUGCCAGCAGCGCUUCCUGGCUGUCGAGACCUAUUCUCAGGACCUGCGCAAUUGCCACCACAAAACAGGAAAGGGCUGCAAGAGACCCCAGCUGUGCUGAGGCCCCAUCCACUGACUCUCAGGCUUUGAAGAGAGAGCUCUGACCAGGCUAGCCAUCUGGCCACUGACUUCUCCUGAACCGAUGGCCCUGGCACGGAAGGCAGCCCUCAUGCAGGAAGGCUAAGAGCCACUGAUGGCUUCCUGGUCUCCUGUACAUAAACCUCGCAUCAAGGUCUGCUUCUCUGAUGGGGAGGAAGGACACAAGCCUGAAGGGCAAGGGGAGAAGAGACACGCUCCCCCUCUCUAGGAUUGCCUUUUUCUUUCUUUUUUUAUUCUGGAUCCUCCUCUAGGGUAGAGAGAGGCAAAUCCCCAGAUGAUAGGGACAGGGCAGGGCAGCACCUUUUGGGGAAGGUUGUUUGGUUGUUUGUUUUUUGAGACAGGGU